GAAAGUCAAAAAAAAUUUGCUAGCCGGAAAGGUGUCAAAAUUAUAAUAUAAAAAAGAUUAUUUCAUAAUAAAAAUAAAUAAGGAUUAAAAAGUUUUGUUAAAAAUUCAUACCGAAUGGCAAUCAAAUAACAAUUGUAAUAUUUGAAUAAAAAAGUGAUAAAAAAAGUAAAAAAAAAAUAGAAAUUUUUCUAUCCGCAUUAAACUCCACCAUUUUUUUUUUUUUUAUUUAGAAAGUGUAGAAUUAUAAUAGUGUUGGUGCUAAAAAGAAAAUGAAAAAUGUAUACUGCUAAAAAUUAAAUAAAAUUUAUGUUUUUAAAUAAUUAAUAUAUUAAAAAGGAACUAUAUCAUAAUAUAUAUAAAUACAUUAAAUUAUUAAAUUAAUAGUAAAAAAGAAAAUCUAUAAAAAAUGUACUAUUAUAUAUUGUGUACGGCCAUUUUAUUCAUCUAUACAACAAAUGCCGUGUUGAUAUUUUAGCCUUUUCUUAAAUAGCUUACAUAAAUUUGUUAGACAAGGAUAGUCAUAUUAUUUGAAUUUACAUAGACGUCUUUUCAAGAUCGACGGCUUGGUAUCGACUGAAUAAACGCGCGUCUGAAUUGCUAAAAUUUUCUUUUAAAUAUUAUAAUAGUAAAAAAGUGUUUUAAUAUUGAAAUUUAUAAAAAUAUAAGCCAUUUUAAACCUAUACUUUGUAAAUUUAAUGAAGUUUAAUAGUUUUUAAUAAGUUUUGACAUUAAAAAUUAUAGUUGAAAAACUUUGCAUUUUUAUCAUCUAAUGAAUGACUGAAAAACAACUACAACAAAAAAUUGGGGCUCCUCAUUGAAUAGUGACUGCUAGUAUAUGGCCGUCAUUCAAUUAUAUAGAGGCGCCUCAAAAGAAAAAAAUAAAAAAAAAUUAUUGAAAUAUCCUUAAUAUUUCCUCAAAAAUAACCAUUCAAAAUAAAAAAAAUCCAAAAAAGUUCAAAACAAGAAGUAUUUUAAUAUUGAAAAAGAAAUUUGGUGAAUAAUUUUUGUUACAAUAAAAAAAAAAAGAAAGAAAAGUGAAAUUUUUUUUUUAUAACCUCUCCUACUUGGGAGAAAAGUUAUGAAAUUUAUGAUUUGAUGGCAACAAAGUAUUAGCAGGAAAAGCUUUUUGUAAAUAUUUUGAAUUUCCUGUGUUGAAAAUUUGUUUUUUUUUUCUCAUAACGAAGAAAGAGGAUUAUAAAAUAUAAAGAGAAAUUCAAUAAUUGCAAUCAAUUUCAAAACUAAAUUUUGUAAUGAAUACAUCGAGCUGACUAAACGUAAGUAUUAGUUGAAAUUGUCUGCUUCAUUAUGCAGCAAUGUACAACUGAAAUAUUUUCCUUUUAAGUAUUUAAAUAAAAAAAGAAUACAAUAAAUACGUAAUCAAUACGUAUUAAAAAAAAAAGAAAAACAAAUAUAAAAUUUAUUCGUUAGAAUUGGCGCCUGAAACAACAAAAAUGGAAACCGAACCUCCACCACGAAUUGAACCCCAUAUAGAACCUGUUAAUGGUAUUGUACAACCACCAGUUGAACCUCCACCAGAACGUCCAGGUCGUAAUACAAAUCAGUUACAAUAUAUAUUAAAGACCGUAAUGAAAGCAGUAUGGAAACAUCAAUUUUGUUGGCCGUUCCAGCAACCAGUUGAUACAAAAAAAUUAAAUCUUCCAGACUAUCAUAAAAUUAUUAAACAGCCAAUGGAUUUGGGCACAAUAAGAAAACGUUUAGAAAAUAAUUAUUAUUGGUCUUCUAAGGAGGCAAUACAAGAUUUUAAUACAAUGUUUACAAAUUGUUAUGUUUAUAAUAAACCUGGAGAGGAUGUCGUAGUAAUGGCCCAAACAUUAGAAAAACUUUUCCUAGCAAAAAUUGAAAGUAUGCCUAAAGAAGAAAUUGAAAUAGAAUCAGCAACUCCUAAGGGUCCCAAAAAGAAAACACAAGCAAGUAGACCUGCAACUGGUGGUGGAGCAUCAGUGACUGCAGCUACAGCAGCAGCAGUUGCGGCUAUAGGCGCUACAACAGUUAAUCCAUCAACGCAGUUACCACCUGUAAGUGGAGCUGUCCCAACCGGUGGUGGCAUAGCAUCAGCGACAUCUGUUCCACCAAUACCACCAAUUGGCACAGUACCCCCGCAAACAGUUCCUGGUAGCACGAAUACAACAACUACAGCAACUGGUGUACCGGGAAGUAUUGCUUCAGCAACAGCUACUGGAACUACGCACAAUUCAUUGAGUGGGAGUGUUGUUGCUAAUUCAACAUUAUCAGGUGGACCAUACGGAAUUGAGGGUGUCAUACCACCACAACAACCUGCUAAAAUGAAAAAAGGUGUUAAGAGAAAGGCAGAUACGACGACCCCGACAGCAAAUGCAUUUGAAUCACCAUAUACUCCAAUUGAAUCAAAAAGUGCUAAAUUGCCUGCCAGAAGAGAAUCUGGUCGACAGGUAAAUAAGGAUCAAAUGUCAUUCCAAUCAUCAACUUAUCCAAUGUCACCAUUAACUGGAGCACCAGGAUCAGCAGCACAAAAAAAUAAAGAAAAGCUAUCAGACUCAUUAAAAUCAUGCAAUGAAAUAUUAAAGGAGUUAUUUUCAAAAAAGCAUUCUGGAUAUGCGUGGCCAUUUUAUAAACCAGUUGAUGCUGAAUUAUUGGGUUUACAUGAUUAUCAUGAUAUUAUCAAAAAACCAAUGGAUUUGGGAACAGUGAAAAGAAAAAUGGAUAAUCGCGAAUACAAAACCGCACAAGAAUUUGCAGCUGAUGUUCGAUUGAUAUUUACAAAUUGUUAUAAAUAUAAUCCACCAGAUCAUGAUGUCGUAGCUAUGGGCCGAAAAUUACAAGAUGUGUUUGAAAUGCGUUAUGCGAAUAUACCCGACGAACCUUUACCAAAUGCCCAUGGCCACUUUGUAAGCGCAGGGGUGGUUCCUGUAAAUGCUGCUUCUGCUGGUCCGGGUGGCCUCAGCAAUAUUAACAUUAAACGUGAAUCUGAUUCUUCAUCAGAUGAAUCGUCUGACUCCGAUAUGGAAUCAAAUUCAGAUGAAGAAAGAAAAGGAAAAUUAAAAGUGUUGGAAGCAAAAUUAUUAGAAUUACAAGAGGAAAUGCGUAAAUUAAUGGAGGAGGCAUCCAACAAAAAGAAAAUAAAAAAGAAAAUGAAAGAAAAGGCUGGUAGUGGUGUAGUUGGAGGAGGCAGUAAUAAAAAAGGAGUAACAAAUUCGACUAGCAUGGCUGGUAGCGUCGGUGGCGUGGCAUCAGCAUUAGAUACUAAACUUCCAUGCGACUUACAUAGUGUGGGAAAAGGAAUAAAUGUAGGAUCUAAUGCUCAAGCGGCUAGUAAUUUAGCUGGCACCGGUAACCCGCCAGCAAAUAAAGGUGCUAAAGUUAAAGGACAACGUGGUACAAAACAAAGUAACGUUGGCGCUCUUGCAGCUGGUGGAGCCGCUGCAGGAGCCGGUAGUGUUGGUGGUGGAGCUGGAGGUGGAGGUGGCGGUGGUGGUGGCGGUGGAGCUAAACGAGGGAAAAAUAAUGCAGCAAGCGGACCUGCUACAGCUAACGCAAACGCUACUGGCGGAGCGGCUGGUGCUCAGAGAAAUGCUAAUAAAAAGAAAGCUGGUCAAGUGAUGAAUUUCGAUUCAGAAGAGGAAGACACAGCAAAACCUAUGUCAUAUGAUGAAAAGAGACAAUUGUCUUUAGAUAUUAACAAGUUACCAGGCGAUAAACUUGGGCGAGUUGUUCAUAUAAUUCAAAGUAGGGAACCAUCAUUACGUGAUUCAAAUCCAGAUGAAAUCGAAAUUGAUUUUGAAACACUAAAACCGUCAACAUUAAGGGAGUUGGAAAGCUAUGUUGCUUCUUGCCUUCGUAAAAAAACUCGUAAGCCUUACUAUAAAAAAAUAUCUGGAAAAUCAAAAGAUGAACAAAUGGCCGAAAAGAAGCAAGAACUAGAAAAACGUCUUCAAGAUGUAACUGGGCAAUUAGGAACAGCAAAAAAGACCGCGAAAAAAGAAGACGCAGCGAAUAAAGUUGAUGUAACACAUGGUGGUCAUGAAACAUCAAGUUCAUCUUCUAGUGAUUCAUCUUCGUCCAGUUCAAGUGACAGCACUUCGAGUGAUUCAAGUGAUAGUGAAGCAGGCUCCGGGCGUCCACCAAGAAAAAAAAAAUCAAAAGGGUCAUCUCCGCCUCAUUCGGUAAAUAAUUCAACAACAGCAACCACAGCCAUAAGUUCAGCUGGAAAUAGUUCACAAGCGCAAGCACAGCAACAAAACUCUUUGACUACAUCAACGUCCUUAGCAUCAACAACAACUACAACAGCUGUAACAACAUCAACAAUUGCACCACUACAAAAUAACUCUUCUGCAAUAACCACUUCAACGGCCGUUACAACUUCAACAACAUUAAGUAAUAUCAAUAGUAGUUUACCAACAGUAUCAACAAUGACUGCUACAACGACAGCAACGACAAUAUCUAAUAAUAACUCAUCAAUAAAUACAUUAUCAUCAACACAACAGCAAUUGCAACAAAAUAAUUCCAAAAUAAUAAAUAACAGCAAUAAUAUAAAUAUAACACCGGCGAUUACGCCACAAACACAAUUAUCACUGCAUCAACAACAAAUACAAUCACAAACACAGGAAAAUACAUCAAACUCACGCUCAUUAGUUUCAAAUUCAAACACAAUUACAAAUAAUUCCACAAAUACGCAAAUAAUUAACAACAACAGUUCUGUGUUGAGUGGAAGUAGUAAUAUUAAUAAUAAUAAUAAUAACAAUAAUAAUAAUAAUAAUAGUAAUAUUCCAAAUGAUUUAACAAUUUCAUCAACAUUAUCAACAACAACAUCAUCCACAUCUUCAUCAUUUUCAUCAUCAUCCACACCACAAACAACACCACAACCCAUAAGUUCCAAUAAUAAUUUAGGCGGUGGCGGUGGGAUGUCUGGUAUAAUGUCGGGAAAUAAUAGCAAUAAUAACAGUAGUAAUACCGGUAACAGUAAUAAAAUAAAAUUGACUGUGGGUAAUAAUUUAAUAAAUAACAAUAGUAAUAAUAAUAACAACAAUAGUAGUAACAAUAAUAAUAAUAGUAAUAAUAAUAAUAGUAAUAAUAGUAAUAAUAAUAAUAGUAAUAAUAAUAAUAACAAUAAUAACAACAAUAGUAAUAUUAGUAACAUUAAUAGUAAUAAUAUGAAUAAUAGUAGUAAUGUUAAUAUUAAUAAUAGUAAUAAUAACAAUAUCAGUAACAAUAGUAAUACCAAUAAUAGCAAUAAUAAUAUGAACGUUGUUGGUACUGAUUUAACAACAUCGUCAAUGACGACUUCCACGUCAUCAUCCUCUUCGAAUGUUGGAAUAGGUGGUCCACCACCUUUAAUUCCACCGUCAUUACAAAUAAAUCCAAAUUUAUUAAGUGGUGGUAGUGGUAAGCAACCAAUACAGAUACCACAAUUCGAAGAUCCUGUCGAACAAUCUCUUGCUUCGCUUGAACAACCGAAUAUGGUAUCAGCAGCAACAUUACAGGUAGCUGCCUUAAGCGGACUUGGUAGCGGUUUAUUACCAACUAAUUUAAGUCACCAUUUACAGCAAAAUCAACAUCAUAUGGAUAUAAUGGAAUCAACUGGAUUGGGUGGCAGCAUGAACGGUAAUCAUAUACCUUUUGUGCAUCCAUUUGGUUUAGAUGGUUUUAAUUCACAUUUAACUUCUAUGGCAGCUGUAGCAGCUGUGCAAAGUCUUCAUAAUAAUAAUAGCGGAGCUGGAAGUGUCGCGGGAAUAGGUGGUGGUGGUGUUGGUGGCGGUCCCGGAUCGAGUUCUUCUAAUUUCUCUGGAUUAGAUUUGUCGAAUGGAAUUUUAGAUAAUUUUGUGCAACAACAUCAACAACAACAAAAUGGGAAUGGUUUAUUAGGUAUACAUGGACACGUUAUGAAUACUCCUAUAUUUGAUAUCCCCAAUAUGAGUGGAGUUAACAGUGGCAGUUUAAUUGGACGUGGUGCGAAUGAUAAUAUUAUGAAUUCCAUAAAUCAUCAAAUAUUAGCUGUUGCUGCUCAGCAACAGCAACAUCAAAAUCAGCAUCCACACCAACAACAACAGCACUCAAAUAUGAUGAUGACUAGCAAUAAUAAUAGCAAUAUUAUGAAAGACCCUAAGGAAAAAUGCAUAAUCACCCCUAAACCAAUUGAGUCAAUGAUGCCCAGUCCGCCUGAAAAGAAAACUUCUCCUAAUGACAUGAAAAUGUCAAUGCACGGUGGUAACAUGAUGUCCGGUAGUGGUAUUCCAAGCGGAAUGGAUAGUCGUGCAGCUGCUCAUUUUGCAUUUAAAAGUAACCAGGAGCAAAAUUUAAAGAAUGCCAGCUCUUGGUCUUCAUUAGCUUCGGCCAAUUCUCCUCAAAAUACGCCAACAUCUAGUAAACCAAAACCAGCAAUGGAUUCAUUUCAACAAUUUCGAAAUAAAGCAAAAGAAAAAGCUGACAAACAAAGAUUAUUAGAACAACAAGAAUUGAAACGCAGCCAAAAGGAAGCAUUUGAAAAAGAAAUGAAGCGUCAGCAAGAACAGAAGCAUAAGCAUCACGAAGAAAGUACUGGAAGAAAAUCUAUUCAUGAGCCUCAUACACCCAAUCGAGUUGUAGAAGACAUUAAAGCAUCACCUCAAAAUUGUAGUUCACCUGGCGCACAAAUAACGCCACAAGAUCGAGCUGCUGCUAAACGUGCUGAGCAAAGGCGUUUAGAGCAAGAAAGACGAAGGCGUGAAGCGAUGGCUGGACAAAUAGAUAUGAAUAUGCAAAGUGAUUUAAUGGCAGCAUUUGAAGAAUCGCUAUAAAUUUUUCGCAUUAAUCAUCUUAGUUCAAAACACAUUAUUGAAAUUUUGAAUAUUAUAAGAUUAUGUUAAUUUUAUUAUCGCCAGAAAUUAUGCAAUUUACAAUCAUUAUUCUUAAACAAUAAGUCAAAAAAAAAAAUUAUAAAAAAGGACGAAAAAAUAAUUUUUCAUACAAGUUUAACGCGAAAAGAAAACUGAAUGUAGAUUUAAACCACCGAAAAAUAAAAAGUUUUCUAGUUGGGAAUACAAAAAAAAAAAUAAAUAAGUUUGCAGUUGUAUUAUGUAUUUGUUAUCUGUAAUGACAAAUAAAAAUUCCAAAAAAGAUAUAGGAAAAUUUAGAAAUCAAAAGUACUUUUGAAGGCGGUAAAAAAUUUCCAUUUUCUAUUCGUAUAAAUUAAAAACUUUAGAAUCCACAUGUAAAAAAUAAGUAAAACAUAUACAGACACAAAAAAUAAAAAAAAAUAUAUAAUGAAAA